AUGCCUGCUUUGCCUUCACCUUACGCCAAAGGUGGGAGCAUAGUGUCAAUGCCUGUGGGGCCGGCCGUCCCUGCAGGGCCGGUUAAGUCGUCUUCAGGAAAGCUUGAAUCACUCAGGCUUGCAGGAGUGAGGGUCCCGAAUGCACCGGGGCAGAGCUGGGAUCAAAAACUCUCCGAAGCAAGGGAGGCGGCUUUGGCAAAGUGGCUUGGGAUUCUUGAGAGGUUCCCCGAGGAUUUUGGUUUGACUUUGUCGAUUCGGUUAGACCGGGAAAAUGGACGAGAUGCCGACUUGAAGACCUCAUUGCAAGAUGUGUUUUCUCAGAAGGCGAGCGUCACAAUCUCAGGCCGUGCCGGGCCUCUAGCCAGGUACGUCAAGCAUUGCCGAGGUCACCAGGUCAAUCCUUUCCCUGUCACCGAAGCCGGGGUCUAUGCUUUCCUUCAAGACUAUGCAUCACACGAGGCGCCCACUUUCGCAAGGAGCUUCUUGAGCAGCCUCGCUUUUGCAAAGUUCACUGUGAGCUUGAAGGUGAGCGAUGAAGUCUUUAGCCCCAGGGUCCGUGGGCUGUCGUCGAAGCUAUAUCUUGACAAGAGAAAGACUCGACAGAAGCCAGCUCUUAAAGUUGAUCAUGUGCGCAAGUUGGAAGCCAUUGCAUCUGGUUCGAUCAAUCUCGAACCCGCAGAUCGGGUCGCUGCCGGCUUCUUUGUUUGGACCCUUUACGCACGAGCGAGGUACUCAGAUGCCCAGGCUGCAGGUGCCAUGACUUGCGACUUGAGUGAUACCCCAGAUGGCGUUGUGGGAUACCUUGAGGCUGCUGUUGAGCGAAGCAAAACUUCGUUUUCACUUGAAAGAAAGGUCAGGUAUUUGCACAUGUUCGCUCCCAUCCAGGGAAUAGGCGAGGUGCCCUGGGGUUUUAAGUGGUUUGAGUUCUAUAAAGUGCAUGGACCUCCUUUGGGGACGGGUAAGCCCUUGCUUCCGAGUCCGCUCUCUGGAGGAGGGUGGCAAACGGCGCCGUUGGCGGUGGCAAGUGCCACGAAAUGGAUGAAGUCACUCCUGAUCCGUGCAGGAUGCGACAGGUCUUCCGUCGAACCGCUUGGGACGCACAGUCUCAAGGCGACGACCUUGAGUUGGAGCGCCAAAUUCGGAUUAGCCCGCGAGGUGAGGGCGGCCCUUGGUUAUCACGCCAGGGGCCGUGAUGGAACCGAGAUCAUCUAUGGGAGAGACAACAUGUCUGCUCCUGUGCGCCGGCUGCAAGAGGUCCUGCUCGAAGUGUCACGCGAAAGGUUCAUGCCGGAUGCCACCAGGCCAUUGUCGCAGCCUGAGAGGUCUGAGCGUUACGAGCGGCAGGCAAAGAAGCUUGUCGGAAUUUCGCUAAAGGGGCCUCUGGAGCCUGCCGAUGCGCUUGUCGACCUUGCUGUGGCCUCCUACGAGGCGAAUGAGCUCAGGUACAUUCCGUGGGACCGGUGUGUGUCAAAGGAAGCUGAAUUGGCUGGCGAGAAGAAGCGAGAUGUUAGGUUCACGGUCGAAGAGUCCUCUGGCAAGCUUCGGAUUGAGCAUAAGCAGCCUGACUUGGUUGCGGAUACUUCAUCAGAGAUUCUUGUUCAGCAGGCCCUCACGAGGAGGUCUCUGGCCAUGGAUCAGGCGAACCUGAUCGAUUUCAGUGUCUCCGACCAAUGGACUCAGCGCUUGAUGAAGGCUCGCAUGCAGACACCUGCGGAGCAUUUUGUCAGGCCCACUUGGAAGCAGCUUGAGUCGGCGGAUCGGCAGCUGUUUGCCGAGCUUCGUGAUAAGACCAGGGCAGGAGUGCAGACCGUCGCAUCGGGUCGCCCGUUGGACACACUCCUGCCAGAUGCGAUGUACAUGAACGAAGUGUCAUGCUUAUUGCAACCUUUUCCGGCCCCUGCCCUAAAGGAUGUUCCCCAGAAGCCGGAUGCUCCCAAGUGGGAGAGGCCAUCUCCUUACAAAGGUGGGGGCAAAGGAAAGAAAGGUAAGCAGAGGUUCAUGACAAGGCUGCUCGACGAAGGGGCAGAAGUGCGAGAAGGGCGGCCGGUGCUCCAGAGAGUGUGCAUCAGCCGGCAGCGAGGACAGCACAGGUGGAUGAUCUCCGAGAGGGAGUUCAUCGGUGUUGAUCGAGAGGAUCAUCACGUGCACAACGUUGGCUCUCGCAGUGCCAUCGCCAGGCCAUCACCAGGUGUGGUGGAGGCCGCACGCAGCAGGUCCCCGAAGCCCCGUGACGGGGCGGAGUCACAGAGCGGCACAACGAGCUCUACACUUGACGAGGGUCAUGUGAGUGCCACCGAUGUUCUGCGAGUCUUCGAUGGUCUUCCUUCGGAUGCCUUGAAGAGGGGUGCCGAUGCACCUCUCCCAACUUCGAAAUCUUAUGCCACGGGAGCGUAUGUUCUUGGUGGUAAUGUGGGCUUGAAGGCCAAUGCCUCAGCCAACCCGGAGGUGGAGCCAUCUUUGUGGAGCAUGAAAACGGAACAUCUUGACUUUCUCCGCAAGUGUCAUGUUGAUGUUCCGGAAUGCGCGCCCGAGGGCGCGCGGUUGGCGCCUGCAGAAGUGUGUGCUCGUCAGCCGCCAUCCUUGACCUCUACUGCAGCUCAGGAGUCGCUGCUGCCGGCUCGGGUGCGGCGGGACGGAUUCCAAAUCAUAGCGCUUGAACAUUCUCGCUCCGCUGGGCGAGUGCACACUCACCUUGUCCCUGUGGACAUUGAAACUGAGUCGGGUUUCUCCUUUGCGCAGACUGUCAUCAACCAAGACGCCCCUUUUCACGUGCAUUUCUUUCCUGCGACCAAGGAUUGUUUUAAGGCUACUUUUAGCGCCGGGCAAACCAUUCGCCUCGCCAAGCUCUUGCUUGCAUCUGAUUCGCAUUGGAGUGUCUUGCAUCCCCUGGCGUCAGCCCUGUGGAAACAGCUCGACUUGCCCGACAACCUCCAUUGCGUAGACUUCUGUGCAGGUUGCUACGGGGCCCCCUGUCCGGUCAAAAUGCGUCUGUGCACAACCCAGGCCGCGCUGGCUGGCAUGCCGGUGCCAGCAUGUCGUUGUCGCCCCGGGCCCCACGCUGCGGGCUCGCUUGCACCAGAUGUCUUGUACACACCCAAAUUCUGUGAUGUGUUUGCUGGCCUCCUGCAGCUGGCGGUUGGCCAGUCUGGCCUCUUACUUGAGCACGCUGUUCCACUGCAGAGUUCGCGGCAUUCUGCCGUCGCAGCCGCUGGGCGGCAGCCUCGAUUGUCAAAAUUCCAGCCGCAGAUCGCCGAGUUUAAGUGCCAGGCCACGGUCCGUGAGUUCCCGUGGCCCCUUCCUUUGGAUAAUAAAGGCAAUCUCACAUGUGCCGUAGGGUCCAUCCCUCCUGGCUCCCGCCUUCUUCGCGUUGUGUGUGAUCGGGGGGUCGUCGGUGCGAAACAGGUCGGAAGCCUGUCAGGUGUGCCUUCAGCAGUUACCUUUGGCAUUUACCGCACGGAACAAGAGUUUGUGGCUCAGGCAUCGCAUAUCGAUCAUCCCUUCGACUUGUGCGUGGCAGUCCCAGACUUCAUGUUGAGAGCGUUGGCUUUUACCUUGAAAGAGGGCCCGGUUGGUGUGAUGAAACACCGUCUGAAUUUGCUCCAGCAGUGGACUUCUUGGAAACGCGAGUUGGCUGGUGCCGAAGCAAAUCUGCAUGCUGCCAUGGAUCCUGGUGUAGCUUCUGUUAUGAAGGGCAAGAACAUCUUGCUUUUGGAGAAGAUUGCAUCAUCUUUCAGUUGGCCUGACACUGAAGUCUUCGAACACCUCAAGCAUGGGUUUCCUUUAGUGGGAGAGUCGAGUCCUUCUGGCAUCUUCGAUGUGGAUAGAAAACCGGCUCUGAUGACAAGGGCAGAGCUUGUGCAGCAUGCUAAAUUCCUUAGGCCUGCGCUGUGGGCGAAGGUGGCGAACGCGGAGGUGGACGAUUUAGCUCGGGAAGUGUGGGACUCCACACAGCAAGAGAUGCUAGUCAAGGAGUGGCUAACAGGGCCUUACUCGUGGGACGAGCUGCAAGCCCGUCAUCCAGAAGGCUGGCUUCCGGUGCGGAGGUUCGGCAUUUUGCAAAAAGCCAAGACGCGGUCGAUAGACGAUUUGGCCGAGAACUCUGUAAACUGCGCUUAUGCUGUUUCCGAUCGGAUCUCUUUGAGGGCCCUUGAUGAAUUGGUCUGGCUUGCGAUCACCCUCUUUAAGAUCUUCAUUGCAAAAGGCGAGGUGAGCAUCCCUUUGUCGGACGGUGGUUCAGUGCCUAAUCAGGUAGUGCUUGACGUUGCUCAGUUUCAGCAGAUCCUGCAGACCAUGCAAGGCCAGAGUCAGGCUGUUCUUGCAGCGGCAGGUGUAGCGAGUGCAGCGUCCCCGAGCAGGAGUUCAGGGACGCAGGGCUUUAGUGAUGCAAACCGCAUUUUGAACAGGCCCGCAUGCUUUGGAAGCACCUCGCAUGACAGCGACUUGGGGUCGUGGCUUGAUUGGGCACAUGCCUUCAAGGCUUGGCUUAUCUUCGCCGACCCGCAGUAUGAGAUUGAGCUUCAGACAGUCGAGUCAAAUCUUGAUGUAGAGAACCCCACCAUGCCAGCUGAAACUGCAGAGCGGUCGCGUCGCUUGUAUGCUAUCUUGAGCAGUCUGCUGCAGCACAAGCCAAAGAUGCUGUUACGGCAAGUGUCAAAUCGCAACGGCUAUGAAACCUGGAGGCAGCUGGUCAACAUCUACGCGCCGCGAUCGAAGGUGCGAGGACUUGCAUUGCUGAAUGCCAUCAUGUCGUUUCCUCCGUUUGUGAAAAGCAAAACGACCAGGGAGCAAGUUGACGGUUUGGAUCGCCUUGCCCAGGAGUAUGAAAGGGUCUCAGGAACGGCUGUGAAUGCCGAUAUUCUCCUUGGGACUUUACUUCGGGUUUUGCCAGCGCACUUGAGAAACCACAUUCAACUUCAGAUGAAGAGUGACACCAGCUAUGAGCAGGUCAAGCAGUUCAUUCUGACAUAUGAGGUGACGACCAGCAAUUGGUCUGCGUCCAAAGUGCAGCAAAGCUUAGGCAUAGGCUCCUCGGGUGACCAUAGUGCCAGUGAUCCCGUACCCAUGGAUGUAGACAGGGUCGCUAAGGGGAAACCUAAAGGCGGCAAGGGCGAUGGUCGUGGAAAAGGUGGAAAGGACAAAGGUGGAAAGGGCGGCAAGCCCAAUGGCGGGAAGCCGAAUCCCGGUGGCGGUGGAGGCAAGUCGCAAAAUGCCAACCAGCCGAAAGGCAAAGGAAAGGGAGGCAAAGCACAGAAGGAGACGCGAAAAUGCCAUCACUGCCAUAAGGUUGGACAUCUCGCCAAGGAUUGUUGGCAACUGCAUGGCAAAGGCAAAGGAAAAGGUGUGCAUCAGGUUGCAGAGGUGCACCCUUCAAGUGCAGCGAGCGAGGCACCUACCAUCACAACAUCAAGUGGAGCAGCCAGCACGAGUGGAACAGUGCGAAGAGUUCAGGUGUUUGACUUGAGUGCGCCCGCUGACUGGUUCAUUGGAGGGCAUGUUCGUGCUGUCACAUGUGCCAUGCAGUCAGCUCGGAAUCCCAAGGCAGUUCAGAGCCCAGCAGGUCCCAGUGGCCAGGUUGCGAUCGGCCAGGCGUGCAGCAGCGACAUGUUGUCACCAGAAUUUCUUGAGAUUGUCCGAUCGCUGGAAGGUUCAUGUUUGAACAGUGCAGAGCCAGCGUGCGUUUUUGAGAGUAGCGAUGCAGUCAGCUCGGAAUCCCGAGGCAGUUCAGUCCCAGCAGGUCCAUUUUAUUUUGAUCAGAGCACAGUGCCGCAGGUGUCCCAGGCUGCGCCAGCAGCAGAUCAGAGCACAGUGCCACAGGUGUCCCAAUUUGACAUUUCGGUCGAUGAUGAUUCAGGAUCGUGGGAGCACGGAGUUUCGGUGCAUGAGCUCAGCACUCUCAAGCGCUUGGAGCCCAACAAAGGCUUUGUGUAUGCUGUUCAGACAAUCCAAGAGCUGCCCUCAGCUGACGAUGCCCUGGAUGUGAUUUUGGAUUCAGGUGCAGACAUGAGUUGCUUGCCUCUUGAGUAUGCACAACAUGGUUUCGACCACGGUCCUCACAACUUGCAACUGCGUGAUGCGCAAGGCGAGCCGCUUGCUGUGAACGAUCUUCGUGAAGUUGAGUUUGUCGUUGAAAGCAGCACAGGGGAACAUGUGGUGUGGCGAGAAGUUUGUGCGAUCGCCCCAGUGACACAGCCUCUCUUGUGCAAGGGCAAGCUCAUGAAAGCAGGCUGGUGGCCCGUCAGACAGCCAGACAUGGCUCUUGAGCAUGACAGCAGUGUGAGGGUUCCGAUUUCUUUCAAAGGAAAUUCCUUGUGCGUUCGAGCAAGCAUUUUCAGGGUUGGCCAAGAAUCCUUGAGUCCAGCAGGGCAUGUGAUGUUUGUCCAAGCAUCAGUUUGCAAUGAAAUGGCCGAUGCGAAUUUUGGAUGGCAAAUGUCAGGCACGGGAAACUUGUACUUUCGUGGCAGGAGCACUCACUACAUUGAUCCGUCGAUCAUUGCGCCAGUGGGGUGGCCCUGCAGAACCACUUUGGUCAAGCCGUGCACACCUGAUCAUAAUGCCUGGAUUUUGCUUGAGCAUUGCGUGCACUGGGGUGAGUUGCGAGAGCUUGCGGCCAUUUUACCGCACGGAGAGAGUGAUGUAGUAUGCAUUCUCUCUUCGUCACGUGAGGAGUUGUCUGAGUUUGGAGUGGAACCCCACAGGUCAACGCAAGGGCACAUUGAUUGGUCUGGCCCGCAACCUGGAGACCCAGAUGCUGAUGAGCUUGCAGAUUACGAGCCUUCCGAAGCCGACAUGCAGGACACUUCUGCUCCACAGUUGGUGGAGGCGAUGCCAGUUGUGCCGCAGGUUCACAGGGAUGUGGAGGUGUUGCCAGAUGCCGAGGGCGUCACAGGCGAGGCACCAGUGCCAGGAAGCAGCAGUGACAUUCUUGUGUUUGAAGGCGUCGAGCUUUCCUUGCAGAGCACAUUGAGUGUGAUUCGUACGGCAUGCAAGUCGGCUGGGAUAUCCGGUUCAGGGAGCAAGCAGCGUUGCCUUGAUCGCUUGAGGGGUUACCUUGACAAGCAGCAAUUGGCCCUGAGUGCCGAAGUUGCUCAGACAGUUGGAGAUGACAGUACUCGUGAGCCGAGAGGGCAGUCCGUCACCAAGGCCCCAACAGAAGCCGAGAGGCAGUUGCAUGAGCUGACCCAUUGGCCAUUCCGGCCAUGGUGCGAUCACUGCCUGGCCAUGCGUGGUGUUGAGGACCGGCAUGAAUCACUGCCGGGGAGUGCCGACACUGAGGUCCCGAUCAUCAGCUUCGAUUAUGCCUUCACCAGUGUGUCAGGUGCUGAGGGCCAGGGCAAUGCAGCCAAGUUGACCGUUCUGGUUGCACAUGACACCAGCACCGGCAGUGUGCUAGGGCUUCCUGUUGCAAGCAAGGGGCGCGAGGAUCUGAAGUUCAGUGCAAUCGAGCUUACAAGGUUCGUGCAAGGCUUAGGCCAUAACAGCAUUUUCCUUUGCUGUGACAAUGAGCCCUCCACGUUGGCUCUUCAAAGUCUUGUGGUCAACGUUCGGACCAAGCUCGGGUUCAAAACCAUGAUCCGUGACGCGCCGGUGCACUCGCAUGCAUCAAAAGGCUAUGUGGAGAAGGCCAUAGACUUGGUAAGAGGUCUUUCCAAUGUCUUGCUUGAUCAGGUAAGAGUCAAGUACAACUUGAGUGCUGAAACCAUCAGUGCAGAUCACCCUUUGAUGGCAUGGAGCUAUGUGCACGCAAGUUACAUCUUGAACAGGUUCGGAGUGAAAGGCGGAGCAACUGCAUUCGAGCGUGCCACUGGUUACCGUUUUGCAUCCAAGCUCGCCUGCUUCGGAGAACCGGUUUGGGGUUUUAGGCGUGGAAAAUCCAAAGGGGAUCGAAAAUGGCAUAGGGCAGUAUUCUUGUCGAAAACUACAACAAACAAUAUGUAUAUCUUGAUGAAUGCCCAGGGCGUCUGGCUGACACGAUCCAUCAGACGCAAUGCCAAGCCUUGGUCGGAUGAAGUGAACUUGAUUUUGGAAGGAAAGGGUUUCCCUUGGAAUUACCAGUUGGGAGUUCUUGGAGCGAAAAUUUUCCCACAGCCACGCAAUCGUGUUCCAAAGCCGGCCGAGGACGCUGAUGAGGUGUUUGAACAGCAGCAGAGUGCGCAAGGUGAUGCAACAGGUGCCAGAGGUGAUGAGGCACAGGCAAUUGCAUCAGGUAUGCCGAGUGUGGCGGGGAUGGCGGGGAUGCCUCCGCUUAGCAGCCAGCCACCGAACCCUGCACCAUCCUCCAGAGCCACAUUGCUUCUUGAUCGGCACGACAGAGGGAGUGCGAGUGUCCCAGGCAGUGUGCCAGCGAGUGUGAGACCUCCUCCUCCUGCGCAUGCUGCGGUGAAUGAGUCACCAAUGGAAGUCAUGGGGACCGACCCACCAACAUCCUCUGAGUCAUCCUUGUCUUCCUCUCCAGAGGCCUUGCCCACUCAGCCUGUGUUUGACGACAGCACCAUGCUUGCUGAGGUGGUAGAAAGUGUUCGAGCAGGUGCCAGCACAGGUCGACAGGCUGAGGCAGAGCCAGAUGAGUCCCAUGCAGCAAAGUUUCAGCGGAUCGCCCGAGUAGGCCGUGAGGACUUCCCAAUCAAUGAUGAGGUUUUGGAGUCCGCCGCAGAAUGGGAGGAUGCAGCACAGUAUGUGCAGCUUGGAGAAGAUGCCGAUGCAGAGCUUGAUCCAAGCCUUACCGCUGAAGAGGCAAAGCUUCUUGAAGAUGAAGACCUUCUAUGGUUCGAGGAGAUCCCAAGCCUCAGUGACGAGGAGUUGUCAGCCUUGGAUUACGUGGCAGACACUUUUGAGGUGAAGCGGCUUCUUGGAAAGCAAGUCUUGGAGGAAGUCGGUGACAGCUUUGAUCUCAGUGGUUACAAGGAGCUCUCCACGAAGUUCGUGAGAACGUGGAGGCAAAAGAAAAGGCAUGGGCGCAUGAUGUUCUUUCGUAGAUCACGCUUGGUGGCAAGGGAAUACAAGUGGAUGGAGCGUGACCGGGAAGGUUUGUAUGCCCCGGCGACAUCGUCGCUCACCACGAAACUUCUGCCAUGGCUGUUUUGCGAGAUGAACAGGCGUCAGGAAGGUGCAGCCACAGACGAUGAUCCCAUAGGCGUCGUAGCUCUCGACAUAAAAGAUGCUUUUCUUUGCGUCCCACAGGAGCGUCCCAUGCUGGCCAAGAUUCCGGGUUUUCCUAAAAGGAUGCGGUUCCUCAAGAUGCUGCCAGGGCAGAGGGACGGAACGGCCAGGUGGCAUUCGUUCAUCAUGGACUACAUCCGCGAGAGACACCCGUUGUCUGUGUGUGCCGAGUGCCCUUCCUUGUACAAGCUGAAGGAUGCGAAAGAUCGCUCCAAUCCGGGUGUGAUCCACGUCGAUGACCUCUGCCUUGUUGGGUAUGUGAGGUGGAUCUUGCAGCAACUGGUUCCCAGUCUUGAAAGCACUUUUGAGCUGUCGUAUGAGGUUGCAUGCAAGCCCGGACAUUUUGGUGCCCGACUGCCCGACACCAGCAAGUUGCUGGACAGUUCGAAGGCUGCGCGCUUUCGCAGCGCAAUCGGGAUUGCAAUGUACGUGUCCCAGGAUCGACCCGACGUUGCCUUCACAGUGAGGGUUCUGUCUCAGAAGCUCCGAGAGCCGACAGUGCAAACUUGGAGUUCGGGUCAGAGGUUGGCAUCGUACUUGGCGUGCACCACAGGUUACGCAAGCAAGGUGCAUGCCCGAGGAGACAAGCUUAGCAUUCUUGAGCCUUCCGAUCCUGGUGGAGCGCGUGAUGGAGUCAUGCUGGAGGUGUUCUGUGAUGCAGACUGGAGCGGCAACAAGCAGAAUCGCCGCUCGAUGAGCAGCAGCUCAUUCUUUCUGAACAGCUGCUGCGUCUAUACUUCCUGCAAAAGCCAGCGCUGCGUAAGCCUCAGUAGUACUGAAAGCGAAUUUUACGCUCUGGUCUCCGCGGCGUGCGACGGCAUCUACUUGAAAAGAGUUCUUGAAUACCUGCUUGAACUACCGGUGGAUCUUUGGAUGCGGACUGAUAAUCAAAGCUGUCGCCAGAUAUCUUUGAAGCAGGGUGUAUCAAAGAUCAGGCAUCUUGAUGGAAGGUUCCUCUGGGUGCAGGAAAAGACGGCAGAUGGAACACUGAAAGUUGGCUCAGUCGACGGGCGAUGGAACCCGUCAGAUCUUGGAACCAAGGUCCCGGCAACUGGGAGUCGCUUGAGAGCAUUGCUUUGCAUGCAUGACUUCGUUGACUGUGCCGGUGAUUGCAUCCAGGAGGUAGGCCGUGCCGACUAUGAUCAGUUGGUCGAGUCGUUGCAACACUGCAAGGACACAGCCCGUGUCAGGCGACUGAUCAACAAGUCGCUGAAGACCAAUGGUUUGAGCAACAGCAAUCUUGUUUUGAUGAUGGUGAGCUUGAUUGCAGGUGCAGAUGCAAGUGGCACAAGGCGUGAUGUGAGUGUUCAGACAGAACCAGAGACAAGAUGGUUCAGCGUUUGGGUGACCGGUUUGGUCAUCCUCGUGUCUCUGCUGGGUGUCAUGCUGAGCCUUGAGCGGCUGCGGGCCGAUCGCCGCAGGGACGAUGCAAGCGCGUAUAGGACCACCAGUGCCGAGCCGAGCACGUCUGUGCCAGAGUAUGGGCGAUGGAGUGUGAUCGCCGCAAUCCUGUGCGGUGUGCCUUCGCUUGUGUGCUUGAUGCUCAUGAUGCAGCUACGCAAGUUGAGAUUCUUGCUGGUGGCAGAAAGGCAUGAGACCGAUCGUUUGCAAGGAGUCAUCAAUGAAAUGGACUAUGACCGCAUGAUGUGGGCAGAGCACCAUGCACGAGAGGGUGCAUCAGCGUCAUCAUCAGGUGUACCGUUGCAAGUUGCAUCCACCAGUGGGCGUGUGGGCAAUGCCACAGUGCCAGGGCAUACGCCAGAGUUGCAUGUUUAUUGCACUGCAAGGCGAGGCAAAGCUUACCAUGCAAAGCGCGGAUGCACAUGCUUGAACAACGCUGAUGAGAUCCUGCGACUUGGCUUAGCAGAGGCCAAGGAACGUGGCUACCAGCCAUGUGGGCGAUGCUUCGGAGGCAAUCGCAAACAGAAAUGA